CGCAAAUGUCCUGGAAGGGCCCCACUCCUUAGCUUCUGCCUUGUAAAAAUAACAACAUAUAAGUCAUUAGACUGCGUCAAUCAGGAUUCAAAUGAUCCAGGGGCCAUUGCGAUCAUGGUCGCGGCUCCUUUUUUGCGCGCUCACCAAGCAGCGCGACACCAUCCACUGUCUAUCAACCGACUGGGACUGAAUCCACGCGUAGUCAAAAGCCCCAGGAAAUUGCGCGCCCCUUGGAGUAGUGGCUUCUCAACUUCUGCUUUAAGAUGGCAAGCGGAUUCCCUUGACCACACCAGAAAUAUCGGUAUUAUCGCCCACAUCGAUGCGGGCAAAACGACCACUACAGAGCGUAUGCUCUACUACAGCGGGUUUACCAGGAGGAUAGGAGACGUGGAUGAAGGAUCCACGGUCACUGACUUCCUUCCAGCCGAGCGAGCCCGAGGAAUCACGAUUCAAUCUGCAGCCAUUACCUUCCACUGGCCACCUCAAUUUGCCGGUGACGGAAAUGCAACUCCGCAGCAAGAACCACAAGCUCCAAGGUCUGCGGUAUCACAUACUGUCAACCUCAUUGACACUCCGGGACAUGCGGAUUUCACUUUUGAAGUUUUACGCUCCUUGCGCAUUCUAGAUGGUGCAGUAUGCAUCUUAGACGGUGUUGCGGGUGUCGAGGCCCAAACGGAGCAAGUCUGGCACCAAGCAAGUACUUACAAGAUUCCCCGGGUUGUCUAUGUCAAUAAGCUUGACAGAGAUGGGGCAGCAUUCGGGCGGACAGUUCGAGAAGUUGCCUCCCGACUUGGCGGGUUGCCUGCCGUCUGCCAGAUCCCUUGGUUUGAGGGAGGAAACGGACGGUUUGUUGGCAUCGCCGACGUCAUCAAUCUCCAAGGUCUUCGCUGGGAAGAGGGAGAUGGCAAGUCCGUCAAGAUGUUCAGCCUUGAACAAUUGACUAGCGAAGAAAGUAAGCUGGCACAGGAGCUGAAGCGCGCAAGAAUUGCCCUUGUCGAACUGCUGAGUGAGCAUGAUGAAGUCAUGGUGGAGAAGUUUUUCGAUCAUGGAGAAGACCAUUUGGCAGUCCCCGCGAAUGAUAUUCUUGAGAGCCUACGCAGAUGCCUACUGGAAGAGCAGGACCGGAAGGUUAUCCCCAUCUUUGCUGGCGCUAGUUUCCGAAAUAUUGGCGUUCAGCCUUUACUCGAUGCGGUGACGAACUUGCUCCCCAGCCCUCAGGAGACACCUGAACCGGAGGUCAGCAUCGGCGGAGUCAAAGGGGGUCUCCGACGUCUGCUAUCAGGCGACCUUCUAUCUGAGCAAAGCGAGAAGGCAGCGUCUGCCAAGAGUAAGCAAAAGAAGAAGUCGGCUAUUCAAGCCGAGUCUCGAAACGCCAUCGAAAAGCUCCAGGGCUGCGCCCUGGCCUUCAAGGUCGUUAAUGACCCCAAGCGAGGUGUUCUAGUAUAUGUCCGUGUCUAUUCCGGCUCCCUCGACCGAAACAGCGUCCUGUACAAUACCAACCUGAAUGUCUCGGAGCGAGCACCUCGUCUACUGAAGAUGUAUGCGAAUGACGCCGUAGAAGUCGACUCCAUCCCAGAAGGCCAGAUCGGAGUUGUGGUUGGCCUCAAACAAACCAGAACCGGAGAUACUCUAGUCACCUAUUCCGGCAACAAAGCAACACCCCCGGAACCUCUCAAUACUCUCCAACUCCGUCCGAUCAACGUCCCGCCCCCCGUCUUCUUCGCCAGUGUUGAACCGCACAGCCUAAGCGAGGAGAAACGACUUCAGGAGUCCCUCGCAAUGCUCCUCCGUGAAGAUCCCAGUCUCCAUGUCACCGUCGACGAAGACUCAGGCCAAACCCUACUAAGUGGUAUGGGCGAGCUGCAUUUAGAAAUCGCCCGAGACCGCCUCCUCAACGACCUCAAAGCCAAAGCCUCAAUGGGCCGUAUCGAAAUCGGCUACCGCGAAUGCGCACUCGGGCCCUCCGGGCCGGUAACCAAGAUCUUUGACAAAGAAAUCGCAGGCCGCAAAGGCAAAGCCGGCUGCACCGCAACCGUCGAGCCCUUCCACCCCGCGGACACCUCAUCAGACCCAGACCCCUCCAGCGCACUCUCCAUCCAAACCAAAGAUGGCAACCAAAUCAUCAUCCUCGCCCCAGACCUCCAAGUCGAAACCAACAAAAAGGGCGCCCAAGAAAGCUCCCUCCUUCCCCCAGGCCUCGACGUCGAGACCCUCCGCACAGCCCUCCAAAACGGCUGUCGCGCCGCUCUCGCUCGCGGACCCCAAUUCACCUUCCCCAUGCACAACACUCGCGUCACCCUCACUCUCAACCCAGCCGAACACCUCUUCGGCAACGAUUCCAUCCCCUCAGCCCUCUCCGCCGCCGCCCGUCUCGCCACCUCCUCCGCCCUCCAAGACCUCCCCUCCACAGCUGGCACAUCCCUCAUGGAACCCGUCAUGAACGUAACCAUCAGCGUCGACGAAGCCAGUCUCGGCGCCGUCGUCCACGAUAUCUCGUCCUCCCGCGGAGGCCACAUCGUCUCCCUAGACGAUGAAUCAGCACCGGAUCUCGCUUCCACAAACGACAUCCUGCCCCCCAUCGACCCGAACAAGGUCUACGCCCCGCCUGACCCCUUCGAAUCGCCCUCCGGGGGAGUCGAGAUCCCCACCUCGGCGAACAGACCCCGGACCAUCACGGCCAAGGUACCCCUCAAGGAAAUGGUGGGGUAUCUAAAGCACCUGCGCAGCUUGAGUGCCGGGCGCGGUACGUUUGUCAUGAGCGUCGACCGAUUCGAGAAGAUGAGUUCGCCUAGACAAAAAGCGGUGCUUGCGGAGUUGAGAGGUGAUUUUAUCUGAGUAUCCACGAUCUGGGGGUGAAGAACAAAAAAAGAAAAGGCAUUACUACUCUACUCUGGGUUGCAGGAUUUGUG